AUGAAGAUCCUUUCCGCCCUAGGGGAAGAAGAAGGUGAGGAUAUACUCGGUCCCGAAGUACCAUACCUAAGUGCCAUUGGAGCCCUAAUGUACUUAGCCAUCAAUACUAGACCAGACAUUGCAUUCUCGGUCAAUUUAUUAGCUAGAUACAGCUCCGAACCUACAAACAGGCACUGGAGUGGAGUGAAACACUUACUCCGCUAUAUACGCGGGACAACGGAUAUGGGAUUAUUCUAUCCACGAGACGGAAAUCCUACCCUUGUAGGACAUGCCGAUGCAGGUUACCUAUCAGAUCCAGUCAAGGCAAAAUCGCAAAUAGGUUAUAUUUUUAGCUAUGGAAAUACAGCAAUCUCUUGGAAGUCAACAAAACAGACUCUAACAGCUACUUCAUCAAAUCAAGCGGAAUUAAUCGCACUCUAUGAAGCUGGUAGAGAAUGUGUAUGGUUGAGAUCUUUGACUCAUCAUAUACUCAAGGAAAGUGGUAUCAAAGAGACACAAGAAGGUCCAACUAUAAUCCAUGAAGAUAAUACCGCUUGCAUUGCACAAAUUAAAGAAGGCUAUAUCAAAGGUGACAGAACAAAGCAUAUCGAUCCUAAAUUCUUUUCCACUCAUGAUUUGGAGAAGGAAGGAACAAUUAAUGUCACACAAGUUCAAUCAUGCAACAAUUUAGCCGACCUACUCACAAAGGUAUUACCAGCAAAGCAAUUCCAAGAGCUUGUACACCUAACUGGUCUGCGUCGCCUUCGUGAUAUACGUUAA